AUGAUUUGCAUAAAGUUAUUACUCUUUUGUUUUUUAAGUGUGUGUGACUUUGGUCGCAUAGAAGGUCAGUUAUUGACAAAGGAGAGCGGCUUUGAUUUAAAUAGUUUGUUUGGAAAUCUUUUUCCUAAUUUUGGUUUUCGGAGAAAUCCCCAAGCCAAUUACCCCGGUACUUCGCAAUACCCAAUUAAUGGGGGGCAGUUGAACAAUCCCCAAGGAAAUAUUUGGAAUAAUGGAAAUGGCAAUCCCGGGAUGAAUUAUCCGGCUAAUUCACAAUAUUACCCAGGCACCGCGAUUCAGGGUCAGCAGAGGCAUACCGGAAAUGAGAAUGCCUGGAAUAACCCCGGGUCGUCUGCGAACCAAGUGCAAGGAAAUUAUCCUCAAACUUCGGUACCAGGUCAAGGAUGGAACAGUCCCCAAAUACAGAUAAGAUACCCCAACCAACAAGUAUCACAGGUCAAUCAACCUGGACAAUAUCCUGACACAGGAAGAAAUUGGAAUGGAAUCGGUGUUAAUGUUAAUUCAAAUAAUCCAAACAUGCCGUCCUACCCGCAGAAUGGAUUACAGACUGGCGCGGCCUACUCAGGCCAGGAAAAUGUAAAAAAUCCCAAUUAUUAUCAACCUGGCAAUCCAAACGAUAAUGAUAAUGUUCAGAAACUUAACCCUAAUUACCCGACAGCGAAUAAUUGGAAUAAUGGUUUAAAUCCGCGUGUUAAUUAUCCAGGGAACCCUCAGCCGUAUCCAGUAAAUGGAAUUCAGACUGAUGUACCAAAUAGUUGGAAUGCUAACCAAAAGAGGAACCAGGGGUACGAAAGUCCAAGUCAGUUGGGCUAUCAGGGUGGCCAACUUAAUCCUGGUACUAACUACCAAAACGGCUACCCAAGUCAGAACGGAUAUCCGCCUCAGAGUGACUCCUACACGGGCUUUCGGAACGAGGCCUCACAAUACCCCAAUCAAAGUGAGCAGGCGGAUGUAGCUGUCACAACAGAAAAGGCUAUAUUAAGCAAUCCGGUCAUUAUUUCCGAAAUAAAUCCUCCGUCAACCCCUAAAAGUGAGGUGGAUGAAGGCCAAACAAAAUGUGUUCAAGAUUGCUCUACCUCAUCGGAUUACCAACCCAUAUGUGGCACAAAUAAUGUGACAUAUUUCAAUGAAGAGAAAUUUGAAUGCGCACAAAAAUGUGGAAUAGAAGUGGCGAUUCGACAACAAGGCGCGUGUGAUGGGCAUUAA